CAAAACUGAUGAUGAAGGCAAGACUGCUUUGUUUUACGCUCUCGACUGUCCAAAGUCAGCUCGUAUUCUUGUUGAAAAGGGACAAAAACAAUUCUUUCAUUUGAAGGAUAACUGUAAUUGCAACAUUUCGGACUUUUUCGUUGAAAGACAUUUAUUCAAUGGUGAUAUUAAAGACUUUCUUUCUGAAAACAUUCCCUCUGGCUUUCUGAAAUUGCUUGAUGAACAUGGAGUGCAGAAAAAAACAUUUGCUGAAGCAAUUUUAAACAUGGUUUUCUGUAAGUUACCUUUGAUGUUCGUAGAACCGUCAUUGUUAAAGCAGAAGAGAGAUCUGAUUCCGUUUAGAUGUUGUGGUCAAAUCCAUAUUACUAAAGCCCUGAAGCAAGCUAGUCAGAUAAUCGAUAACGAAAAGAAACUGGAAAUAUUGAUCGGGCUUUUAAAUGAAAGAUGUACGAAUGGAGAAGGGAUAUCAGAAGCUUUACAAUUAUUGGUUGAGUUAGGUGCCGAUCCUAAUAGUGUUGAUUCAUAUGGUAAUACAGCCCUUCACUAUGCGACUUGUUUACCGUUGAUGGGUGUGCCUCAAGAGAUCGUGAUGGAGAUUUGUCUUAAGCUGGAGAACUUUGGUGUACAAUUAAACUUGAGAAAUCAUGAGAAUCAAACACCCCUUCUGUUUUGUUUGUCUCAAAACAAACUUGACAGAUUAAGAGAUAAUGAAAUUACAUUAGCGAUUCAAGCAGUGGUCAAAGUUUGUAAAGUUUUGUUAAAACAAGGGUCCAGCAUCGAAGAAAGGUCUCGAAGUGGAAAAACUGUUUUUCAUUUAAUACUAGAGCUUUUCCAGCAGGGACUUCUCUUAAUGGAUAAGACAGUAAAACAAGAUGUCUUGCAUGAAGCAAUAAAGCUUUUGCAAUUAUUUUUACCCGCAAAAGUAGCAAAAACACAGAUUAUUAACAUACGUGAUGUUGAUCUCAACUCACCACUUCACCUUUGGGCAUCACUAGAAUUACCAUCACCUCAAGACUAUACCAGUAAUGUUACUAAAGAUCUCACAUUUGAGGAAUUCUUACAAACAUUAUUAAACUACCUUGUAAGAUGUGGAGUAAAACUGAAUGUCAGAAAUGGUGCCGAUCAAACCCCGUUACAUUUGUGCAAGACCUGGAUAGCUGUGAAGCUGUUGCUUGAUGCUGGAGCGAAGGCUAACGAUGCCGAUUCAUCAGAAGCAUCACCUCUUGUUGCUGCUGCGCGAGUUAUGAAAAAGUGGUCACUUGUCGGUUAUCAGGGCGGUCUCUACCCAGAUCCUUUGGAGUUAGAAGAACCAAAAUCCUUUUGGGAAACUGCCAUUGACAAGGGACUUGAUGCGUGGACAGCUGACAAAAAGGGUGAGUCAGUUUUGAGUAUUCUCAUUGAACUCGAUAAGUUUGUUUUUGCCAAAGCUUUGGUUGACGUGGCUUGUAAGCGGAACUACACUCAGUCGGAAACAUUUGCUGUUGGUCUUUUGAAUACCAUCUGUAAAGACAAAUCAGCACGAACACAUUGGAAAAGCAUUCUUGUCCAAGAUAUAUUGCAGUCGAGAGGAGGCCAAACCACUUUGUCUGAACCACUUCGUCGUUGCUGUAUAAACAUAAUAAAAGCUGAUGAUGAUGAUAAUGGUGAUGAUGAUGACGAUGAUGAUAACGAUUGGCAGCCUACAUCAACAAAAAGAAGAAUGGACACAUCAAUCUCUUCAAUACAAGCAGAGAUUGAACACUCGUCUGUCCAUUGUGAAAUCUUGAAGAUUCUUCGUUUGUAUGAAGCUGAUGUCGAUUCUUGCUUGGACCUGGCAAACUCUUCUGAUGCUCUUAAAAAACUCCUCACCGAACGCUUAGAUAUUAACACAGUGUCUGUACGCAUUCCAUGGACUUCUACGUCAAAGAAAUAUGAAGUCAAAUUGGCCAAAGUUGCUAGGCGACAAGAGUGUGAUGUGUUCCUUGAGGAAUUUUGGUGUCACAAAGAACACGUAGGAAGUGGCUCAUAUGGCGAUGUCUUUGUUGGAAUCAACAAGAAGGAUGGUAGAGAAGUGGCCUUAAAGCGCAUCGUGAAAUUACGUAUGCAGCGACCAGAAGACAAACGAGAGAUUACAAAUCUCACAGCGCUUGCAGACUGCGAACAAAUUGUUCGUUAUUUGUAUUUCUUUGAAGAGGAAAAGUUCUCAUACAUUGUUUUAGAAUUGAUGGAAGGAAAUCUUGACGAGUACCUUACUGAUGGUUCCACAUUUGACGCCACAAAAAGUAUUCAACUUUGUCAAGAUGUAGUCAAGGGGUUGGAGUUUCUGCAUGAGCAGAAUAUUAUUCAUCGCGACCUGAAGCCAGGGAACAUUCUCUACAAAACACAUCCUCAUCUUCGUUUGAAAAUUGCAGAUUUUGGUCUCAGCCGUCGCAUUGAUAGUAGCGCAACCACAGUGUAUGGUACUAAUGCAGGAACGAGGUGUUGGAUGGCUCCAGAAUUGUUGAUGGGUACUCCCAAUCAUUCCAAGGCAACUGACAUGUUUUCAUGUGGACUUGUUCUUCAUUACAUUCUGUCAGUAAAAAAACACCCAUAUUCUAUGAACAAUAGUCAAAUGCCUCAUCAAAUAGAAACCAACAUAGCAGAUGGGAGAAUAGAAGGAUGGGAUGACUCUCUUUCUCCAGAAGCUACUCACCUAGUCAAAAACAUGCUUGGUAGUGAUGAAAACGAUCGGCCAACGGCAGGGGAAGCUUUGGAUCAUCCAAUGUUCUGGUCAAAUAAGAAAAAAGUUGAUGUUCUUUUUGCUGUUGGAAACCAGCCAGUGUUUGGUUACCCACGUGCGGGAAGAUCAACUUGUCUAUCUGCUGUGGAGACCGACUUGGAGAAGAGCUUUAGUACCAUAGUUGUGCAUGGAGUGUGGAAUGACCCCAGGUAUAAGGACAUGCCUCAUAUCUUUGCUGAAAUGACGAAAACAAAGGGAAAGGGGAAAGAAAAGAAAAAAAAUGGAGAAGUGGAGGUCUUACGAUCCUCACUCUGUAGUAGAGUUAGUGCGGUUUAUACGAAAUGCUUACGCGCAUGUCUCUGAAAGUACAAGACCAACAGCAGUCAAGAAGAUGUUACUGGUAGACUUUGUGUGUCUGGAGUAUUUCCCUCAUCUUGUGAUGGAAGUGUACAAGGUUGUGACUGAUCAUGAAUGGGAUCAAACAGUAGAAGAAAUCAAGUACGAGAUGAACAAGUAACAGCUGAUGACUGUCAUGUACUGUGUGUAAAGGUACAAACGUCACGGAAACACAAGAGACACAAGAUUGUUAUCAACCAUGUAUAAACUCUGGUAUUAAAGAACCAUUGAUAAUGGAUUUAGUAGGGGAGGGAGGGAUAUCAAUCAAUAGGACGAAGAAGACACAGCACUGUACAACAUACACUGGUAUUAAAGGACCAUAUUGAUAUUUGAUUUAGUAGGUGAAGGGAGGGGUAUAUUAGUUUAUCUUAGUUUAUCAUUUACUUCUUAAGAUAGGACGAAGAAAAAAAAAAAC